AUGGAACAUUACCAAUUCUAUCGUAGUUGGAUGUAUGAUAGAAUGUUUCCUGGACGACGUGGGCUUAAACCACUUUUUAUGGAAGGAGUUGCCGCGUUUCUCUCGUAUGCGUUUGCUCAAGAAUGUUGUCGCAGGGAAGGAGGGGUAAGGUGUCCGUGUUUAAAGUGUGGUUGCAGAAAUAUUAUUAGUGACCCUAGUGAAGUGAAGCGUCACUUGGAGAGAGUGGGUUUUAGGCCAAAUUACUGGGUUUGGACAUCUAAUGGGGAAACAAUGCAGGAGAUGAAUAGAGAGGCUUCUAGCAGUCAAACACAUAUAGAACCAGAUAUAAAUAGAGUUGAUCCAGGGAGUAGUUCAUCACAUAUGCAGUGCCAGGAGCAAUUUAAUCUCGUCGAGGAGAUGUUCACUGACGCAUUAGGGGUGAAUGUGGCGUAUGAUGAACCACAAGACUUAGAUGGAGAAGAACUCCCGAAUGAGAAAGCUCAAAGGUUUUAUCAACUGUUGAAAGAGAUAAAUAUACCAUUGUUUGAGGGGUCUUCUGACUCUAAGCUAUCAAUGUGUGUGAGACUUUUGGCUGCGAAAUCAAAUUGGAAUGUUCCUGAUCAGUGUUUAGAAUUCUUUGCGAGAUUGAUGUUGGACGCGACUCCUGUGAAAGAAAACAUGCCUACAAGUUAUUAUGAUGCAAAAAGGGUGGUGUCGAAGUUGGGAUUAGAAGUUAAAAAGAUUGAUUGUUGCAUUAGAGGUUGCAUGUUGUUUUAUGACAACGAGUUUGGUACAAAUGAUGGGGAAUUGGAGGAAUGUAAGUUUUGCGAGAGUCCGAGGUAUUUAGUUAGCAGUAAAGGAGUUGACCAAAGGCAAAAUCGCGUUGCAGCGAAAUCUACGUUCUAUCUACCAAUAAUACCUAGGUUGCAAAGAAUGUUUGCAUCAAUGCACAGUGCAAGCCAAAUGGCAUGGCACCAUACAAACAGAAUUAGUUCAGGCAUGAUGCGACAUCCAUCUGAUGGCGAGGCAUGGAAACACUUUGAUAGAGUUCAUCCUGAGUUUGCACUUGAACCUAGGAAUGUCCGACUUGGAUUAUGCUCAGAUGGUUUCACUCCUUAUAAUUUUUCAGGAAAUGCAUAUUCUUGUUGGCCAGUUAUUGUUACCCCGUACAAUCUCCCUCCUGAGAUGUGCAUGACGAAACCUUACAUGUUUUUGACAUGCAUCAUUCCGGGACCGUUGAGUCCAAAGGAUGGAAUCGAUGUUUAUUUGCAACCUUUAAUUGAUGAUCUCAAGAGGCUGUGGGUGGGAGCGUGGACUUAUGAUGUGUCUCGUAAACAAAAUUUUAAUAUGCGAGCAGCUUUGAUGUGGACAAUUAAUGACUUUCCUGCAUAUGGCAUGUUGUCUGGAUGGGGUACACAUGGUAAAAUGGGAUGUCCGCAUUGCAUGAAUCACACAAAAGCGUUUACUUUGGACUUUGGUGGGAAAAGUUCGUGGUUUGACUGUCAUCGUAGGUUCUUACCUACCAACCAUGAAUUUAGAAGGAAUAAAGAUGCUUUUAGAAAAGGAAUAAAAGUAAAAGAUCUACCUCCCCCUCGAUUGUCAUCGACUCAAGUAUGGAAUAAUGUUUGUGACCUACCAAAAUUCACAGACUAUGGUGAAGCACGUAGAAUUAAAGGAUAUGGGGUUGACCACAAUUGGACAAAAAGAAGUAUCUUUUGGGACCUCCCAUAUUGGAAGGAUAAUUUAUUGCGUCAUAAUCUUGAUGUUAUGCAUAUUGAGAAGAACUUUUUUGAUAAUGUGCUUAACACGGUGAUGGAUAAUGAGAAGACAAAAGACAAUGAGAAGGCUAGGAAAGACAUGGAACUUUAUUGUAAUCGAAAAGAAUUGGAGUUGAAACCUCGACCAAACGGAAAAUUAUUAAAACCCAAGGCUUGUUACACUCUUACUCCCCAAGAAGCAAAAGCUGUAUGUCGGUGGUUAAAUGAAUUGAGGAUGCCUGAUGGUUAUUCUUCUAACCUGGCAAGAUGUGCUGACGCCAACACUGGGAAAUUGCAUGGAAUGAAAAGUCACGAUUGUCAUAUUUUCAUGGAACGAUUACUUCCAAUUGCAUUCAGUUCACUGCCCAAGAAUGUGCUUAAUCCACUUACUGAGAUCAGUCAAUUUUUUAGAGACAUUUGUGCUUCAACUUUAAGAGUAGACGACAUCAUUAAAUUGGACCGAAAUAUUCCUGUCAUUCUUUGCAAGUUGGAGCAAAUAUUCCCGCCAGGUUUCUUUGAUUCUAUGGAGCAUCUCCCUAUGGAUGUAUCCAUUUGA